AUGGGUAAAAAGUUUGAUGGCUGGGAAUGCAUAAAUGGCGGGUUGCAUUGCUGUGGAAACCUUUCACCUGAGCCACACUAUCCGUCGAUGACGAGAUACCCGAAAGGAACAUCACCGGAAGUGGUGGAACAACCAGAGGCUGCCAUAACUGUUGUUUUCUGCGUUAUGGGAAUGACAUGUGCUGCCUGUGCUGGAUCUGUUGAGAAAGCCAUCAAGCGUUUACCUGGAAUUCGAGAAGCAGUUGUUGAUGUCUUGAAUGAUAAAGCUCAGGUUCAAUAUUAUCCCUCCAUAGUUAAUGAAGACAAGAUACGUGAAGCCAUUAUAGAUGUUGGAUUUGAAGCCAAAUCCAUGGGUGAGAGUUCAAGCAACACUUCAUUACAAAUAUGUCGAGUACACAUAGGUGGCAUGACCUGUACUUCUUGUUCCUCCAACGUCGAAUCAGCUCUUCAAUCCCUUCCCGGGGUCCAAAUAGCACAAGUAGCCUUAACAACAGAAGAAGCAGACAUCCAUUACAACCCCAACAUCAUAAGCUACAAUCAAAUAAUAGAAGCCAUUUCAGACACAGGUUUCAAACCAAUAUUAAUAAGCAAAGGAGAACACAUUAGCAAAAUCGAACUUCAAAUCGAUGGCAUCAAAAAUGACCAAUCAAUGAAUAUUAUUCAACAUUCUCUAAGGUCACUCCAAGGAGUUGAAACCAUAGACACAUAUCAACACAUUAAUAGAAUCACCUUAACUUAUAAACCUUAUAUAACUGGACCAAGAACCUUUAUUGAAGCCAUUGAGUCUACAGGAUCAGGGUGUUUUAGAGCCACGAUAUUUUCAAAUGAUGGAGGAAGUAAAGCACAUAAGCGAGACGAAAUUAAUCGACACUUCAAGUUAUUGAUAUGGAGUUUGGCUUUUACUAUUCCUGUUUUUCUGAUAUCUAUGGUUCUUAUGUAUAUACCUGGUAUUAAACAUGUUUUAGAAAUCAAGAUUGUUAAUAUGCUGAAUAUUGGAUUGCUUGUAAAGUGGGAGUUUUCGACUCCGGUACAGUUUAUCAUAGGAAGAAGAUUCUAUGUUGGUGCUUAUAAGGCUUUGAGAAAAGGUUAUGCAAAUAUGGAUGUGUUGAUAGCUUUGGGAACAAAUGCAGCUUAUUUCUAUUCUGUUUAUGUUGUUGGAAGAACGGUUUUUUCUUCGCAUUUCAAAGGAAGUGAUUUUUUUGAAACAAGUUCUAUGCUAAUUUCUUUUAUUCUACUUGGUAAGUAUUUGGAAGUGUUGGCUAAAGGGAGAACAUCACAGGCUAUUGCUAAACUUAUGGAUUUGACACCUGAUACAGCUCUGUUAUUAACUCAAGAUGAUAAGGGAAAUGUGAUUGGCGAACGGGAGAUUGAUAGCCGGUUGAUACAGAAGAAUGACGUGAUCAAAGUUGUGCCGGGCGCGAAAGUAGCGUCGGAUGGUCUUGUUGUAUGGGGACAAAGUCAUGUGAAUGAGAGUAUGAUAACUGGUGAGGCAAAGCCUGUUGCUAAGAUAAAAGGUGAUAUGGUAAUUGGUGGGACUUUGAACGAGAAUGGUGUUUUGCAUGUUAAGGUAACAAGAGUUGGAUCAGAAAGUGCACUUUCUCAGAUUGUUAGACUUGUUGAGUCUGCUCAAAUGGCUAAAGCUCCUGUUCAGAAAUUUGCAGACCAGAUUUCCAAAUACUUUGUUCCUAUAGUCAUUGUGAUAUCUCUUUCAACAUGGAUUUGUUGGUUUGUAGCUGGAAAGUUGCAUACAUAUCCUAAAUCAUGGAUACCAUCCUCAAUGAAUAGUUUUGAGCUUGCACUUCAGUUUGGAAUUUCAGUGAUGGUUAUAGCAUGCCCUUGUGCUCUUGGACUAGCGACUCCUACAGCGGUCAUGGUUGGUACUGGAGUUGGUGCAACUCAAGGUGUGUUGAUCAAAGGUGGUCAAGCAUUAGAAAGUGCGCACAAGGUGAAUUGCAUUGUGUUUGAUAAGACAGGAACUCUCACCGUUGGGAAGCCAGUGGUUGUAACUACAAAACUGUUCAAAAACGUAUCAGUUAAAGAUUUCUAUAAAUUUGUGGCUGCAGCAGAGGUGAAUAGUGAGCAUCCAAUAGCAAAGGCCAUAGUUGAUCAUGCCAAAAAUAUCAUAGAAGAUGAACAGAAUCAUUCAUUCCCAGAAGCAAAAGACUUUGUGUCUGUUUCAGGACAAGGAGUAAAGGCAAUUGUUCAUAACAAGGAAAUUAUAGUUGGGAAUAAAAAAUUGAUGCUAGAUCAUAACAUAGCUAUUUCAGUGGAAGCUGAAGAAGUACUAGCAGAAGCCGAAACUAUGGCUCAAACUGGGAUUUUAGUAUCAUUGGAUGGAGAAGUUGUUGGAGUUCUGGCUGUGUCUGAUGCACUUAAACCUAAUGCAAAAGAAGUAAUUUCAAUUCUAAAAUCCAUGAAAAUCAGAAGCAUAAUGGUGACAGGUGAUAAUUGGGGAACUGCAAAUUCUAUAGCUAGACAAGUUGGUAUUGAAACUGUCAUGGCAGAAGCUCAACCAGAGACCAAAGCUACUAAAGUAAAAGAAUUUCAGAAUGAUGGCUACAUAGUUGGAAUGGUGGGAGAUGGGAUAAAUGACUCACCAGCACUAGUGGCAGCUGAUGUUGGAAUAGCAAUUGGUGCUGGAACAGACAUAGCUAUAGAAGCAGCUGACAUUGUUCUCAUGAAGAGUAACUUGGAAGAUAUAAUAAUAGCCAUUGAUCUUGCGAAGAAAACUCUCUCGCGCAUUCGUUUAAAUUAUGUUUGGGCUCUUGGCUACAAUAUUCUAGCAAUACCUAUUGCUGCUGGUGUUCUUUACCCAUCUACUAGAUUUCGGUUACCACCUUGGAUUGCUGGAGCUGCUAUGGCUGCAUCUUCUAUCAGUGUUGUUUGCUCUUCUCUUUUGUUAAAGAAAUAUAAGAGACCAAGCAUGCUUAAGAAGUUGGAGAUGAAUGGUAUUAAGAUUGAAUAA